AUGGGCGUCGCGUCAUACCAUACUCCAGCGUCACGUUCUCCUUUUGAUGAAAGACCCCCCUUCCUACGAGAGAGGACCGGUGGUGAAUACUCUUGUUCAGCAACCACCCAGGAUGGGUCAGAUACCAGACGUGCAACAUCUUCAUUGUCAGUUACUGUAGUUGGUGAGUAUUUGUGGUAUGCAGGGAGUAAUCGUAGCCCAUUGCAAAGCUCUUCUAAGUACAGAAUUCAUGAUAAUGGGACACUGGUGAUCACAAAUGUUGACAAGCAAGAUGAAGAAAAAUACAAGUGUACAGCAACAAACUUGGUUGGGCAAAUGACCACAGAAAGUGUUUUGAGACUUGCUUAUUUAGAGCAACCAAAGAUUACUUCGAAACCCAAAAACAUAUCUAUUAAGGAAGAUGAAAAAGCUAUUCUUGACUGCAAUAAGAACACGACGGCUUAUGUAGACGAUCAUUUGUGGCUCCAUUGUAACGCAUCAGGUGAUCCUAAACCCAAGAUCAGUUGGAGCAAAGAAGCACAAGGAGGGGACAAGCUGGAUAGAGAGCGUUUCAUUCUGUUCCCUAAUGGAACUCUUCACAUCAAGAAGGUGCAAUUCGCUGAUGAGGGCAGGUACUAUUGCAUCGCCGCAAACCAUGCUGAAAUGAAACAGAGCAAAUUCAGUCUUAAAGUACAAGCUCAUCCUGUCGCCGAAGUUAGCAAAUCGACAGCCUCAAUGGCUCGCACAAUAGGAAUUGCAGUCGGGUGUGCUGCAGCUUACAUUGUUCUGGUGGUGGGUUUGAUGAUCUACUGUAAAGGGCGGCGGGCCAGGCAGAACAGGAAAGAAGAGGUCUUACCUCCAGAAUGUGAAAACUUGAACGUCAAUGGUGACGUCGAACAUAAAGACGGAGAGGGUAACGACAUGACAAUGAACCCCAUUUACAGAUCACACCCUGGCUACGACAAAAUGGAGUUUCCUCGACACGAUUUGGAGGCCAUCAGGAGCCUGGGUAACGGUGCUUAUGGAAGAGCAUUCUUGGCGCGAGCUAGCGGAAUCCGCGACGGUGAGAAGGAAACCAUGGUGGUGGUGAAGGCAUUGGUGAGUAAUGAUGACCAAGUGCGCGAGGAUUUUAACAAGGAAAUGGAAGCGCUCUGUGGUCUGCAGCACGAUAAUGUAGUCACUCUGCUCGGUGUGUGUAAGGACGAAGAACCAUUUUACAUGAUCUUCGAAUCGUUAGAAAAGGGCGACUUAAAGCAGUACCUUCUGUCUUGCUAUGAUAACGGCCGAAGUACGUUGAAUUCAAAUCAGAAACUCGCCAUUUGUGGACAACUGGCGACGGGAAUGAACUAUCUAAGCUCGCAACACUUCGUCCACAAGGAUCUUGCUGCAAGGAAUUGUAUGGUUGGUCGAGAUAUGCAGAUCAAGAUAGGCUUUUUGAGUUUCAGUUACGAUCUCUACAACAAGGAGUAUUACCGCUUCAACAACGUACAGAUACCGUUAAGGUGGAUGCCUCCAGAGGCCAUUUUCGACGAUGAUUUCUCCGAGAAGAGCGACGUUUGGUCGUUUGGAGUGUUGGUUUGGGAGAUUUACACUCUUGGUCAGCUGCCGUAUCACGAUCGGUCGAACGAGGAGGUCCUGAAAUGCGUUAAGGAUGAUCUGCGUCUGCCAAAGCCUGAUAACUGCCCGGAUACGGUUCUCGAGGUUCUGGAGAAAUGUUGGGAAGGGAAUCCGCUGGCUCGCCCGUCCUUUGCGGAACUUAUGGAUGACGUAGCGGGGAUUAGCGUGGAUAGUCACGUUUGAUUUCAUGGCGUAACCAACCCGCUUGAAUUCUGUAAUGAAGUUAGACUCCCUGAACCGUGAACCACUUCCUUACUAGCCAGUGGUGUCAUGAUUUUUCAACCAAGGUGAUUACAAAGUGCCGAAUAGAACUAACUUAUUUCUUGCUGACAGUGUAAUUUCAAAUUAAUGGCACUUGGAGAGAUUUUGAACUGAAGGCUUAUGAAUGAUGCUUUCUAGAUUGCUGGACGUUGUUGUUGUUUUAUUUUUUCACGAUUACGGAAUGCAAUUAUUUUUUUAGGCCAGAAUCUCGUGAAGGGAUUGUAUUUUUGCGCACAAGUUUCUGCUAAAGAUCAGGGAGUUUAAUUUAUUUCAAUUGCUUUGAAAUCCAUACCGACGUGGUAUCAGCUACGACUGAUGGUGAAUUUAUUUUAACCGAUCGAUACAAAAGCCUUUACAAAGGUAUCUGGACAGAAAAAGCAAAAUUGAACUUGAAAGUACAAGAGAUUUGUUGGCCAUCCUUUUUCCUCGCUACUGAUUGCCAAGUAGGCAGAACUUGAAAGAGUUUAGAAGGAUUUCGUAAUCUCCUUGGACUUGUACGCGUGUGCAGGUAAAUUACAUAGACCAGUCCAGAUCGAGAUAACAUAAAUUCGGUGGAAAAUCUCUGUAGCAGUGAACACCCCAAAAUGUCUAGGUUUAUGAUUUAGAAACCGGAUUACUGGAAUAUUUUUUGCUCUGAACUAGUUUAAGUUUGGUGUGGUGGGCAUAAAAUUAGUAUUUUUUUUUUAAUCACGAUAGCUUACGUAGCCAACCAGAACGUGAAGAUAAACUUGCCAAAUAACCAAAACAACGCGCGCGUUAUUUUUAUCAGCCUUGAAUGCUUCGAUAAAGGUAUUUUUCUGUUUUAUUGUUACAGAUAUUAUUGUAUUUUUUAAACUUGAAUUUGUACAAGGGGACAAGAUGAAUUAGCUUAGAUUUAAUUUAUUUUGAUGGGAUGUUAUGUACUAAUUACUGUUAUUGUGCUAGUAAAUAAAUGUCAGAUUCGUGUUGUCUUACGUCAUUAACCUUGUGACUGAAGCAGAAACGAAGGUGAUUUAAACGAAAAAAAGAUUUAGGUAGACCCGGGUUUUUGAAGGUGAAUUAGAGGUUAUGUUUAGGUACACGGUUGCCCAUAGUAAAUUGUUUGCUUCCACUAAAUAAUCGCGCCAUAAAUGUAAAAACGUGUUAAUGGGUUCGGUAGCUUUCUUGGAGAAAUUUUCCAGUCAUUUAAGUUAAUUGCAUUAGUCGAAAGGUAAAAAAAAUGUUAGAUUUAAAAGUAAUUUUAUAAACUUGAAUUCCAGUUAAGCAGGGAAACCCUUAUUUUAUUAUACAUUUUGUUUUUCUUGGUCGUAAACCUUAGUGUUAGAUUUGAAGAUGUUUAUGAUAAAUGCCAGUCUCUUGACAACUUCGUACCCAGCCCUUCCCCGCUCAUCAACAGUCAAGUGUUAAUGUUGUGCUAGGGGAGGAGUAGGUGUGCAAUUGCCCAGAUACUGACAUUGAUAUGAUUUUUUACGACGUCAAGAAUUACAAGGUUAUUUUUUUAAUUGUAACCAUUGGAAUUCUCUGUUUGAAGGAGUUCCUAGAUCCAGGCUACUUUUGAAGGUGCUGCGGAAAUUAUUUAUGUAAGCUUACUGCUUUUUGUGUGGAUUGUAGAGCGUACUAGUCGCUUUUUUUAUCGACUGGUAGUAAAGGGGCUGCGUGCUUGCUUCUAAGGUGUAUUGGUAGAGUAGAUUAUAGUUCACUUUGUAAACUUAAAGUAAGAAUUUUUUUUGUGUGUUUUGCGAUUAUGGUUUUAGAAUCAGAAACAAUGUAACUUAGCAAUUAUAUUUAGACCUAAACAGAUUACUCUAUGAUACAGUAAGGAACUGAUAUCGUGUUGAAAAAUUUGUUAUUUUCAAUUGAGACUUUCACUUGAAAAAUGUACAUAUUCUUAGUAAUUUGUAGAUUUUUUUCGGUUUAACAAUCCGUGUGAUCUUAGCUACCUGCAAUUCAAUUUAAAAAACAAAUAAAAUUGUAGAUUUUAUUUGACAUAA